AUGCCCACGACCAAGCCUUCACUGAGCGCGACUCUCAUCAAGAGGGUCGGGGGUCGACCAGUCUACGUCGUCGCUCCGCCUCGGAGGCCAGGCUCGAUGUCGCCGAGCGCAGUGGCUCCCCGGCCGAAGGACUCUCGUUCCAGUCUUGAUUCGGCAAGAUCGAGCUCGCAAGGAUCACUAGAUGACUCGAAGUCUUCUCUUGAAGCAAGGCGUUCGCUUUCCUCUUCGGCCAACCUUUCUGAGGACACCAGUGCGAGCUCGAUCGAGUCCAUGUCGGCCUCAAACCUCGGGCUCGACCCUGCCGCCAAGACGUCAGCCGAGCGAGCACCUUCUCUUGCAGCAACGAGUCUCCCAGUCCCACAAAUCAAGCCCAAGCCCCCUCACCAUCUAGCUUUCGAAUUUCGACCGCUGACACAAUCCACGCCAAGUAUCGUCGAACACGAGCGAUUCCCUGCUGCGAUGGAACAAGACCGAGCAGGUAUAUACGCCCCUCGGGCCAGAGGAGGUCCCAUGAUGCGCAACAUCACCACACAAACGGUGAACGAGCCUGUACGCAAGAUCGUCUCCUGCACGGACUCUCGAGCGGAGAGCGAAGAAGUGCUUGCCUUGCUUGGGAGAAGCUCCAACGUCUCGAAAGGAAAGGCACGGGAAGUUGACCCGCUACCGUCGAGCACAUUUGACUCGCCGUCGUCCACCUUUUGUGUGCCAUCUGCUUCGUCUUUUCUCGAGCAAGCCUUCUCGUCUCCGAUCGCCAGGCGAACGGCUGGCUCGCCCAAACGCCCAGCAUCGCCAGGACGUCAGGCGAACUUGACUCAGGCUCAGGAGCAAUGUGAGACAUCAAGCAAUGUAAUGUAAAUAUGGCUUCGCAAACUGAUUCCACCAAUUUCAUCUAGAUCCAACGCCGAGAGCAUCCACCAGUCUACUUACUCACCAGGAGGCUGCUCCCACCCCCACCCUAACCCUCGACCCCCUUCCUCCCACUGCUGCAUCGGAGUGGAGCAACCACGAAGACGGUCUUCGUCGCCUACUGCAAGGGAUCGGCUUCGACUCGAAGCGAGCUCGUAAACGCGUCAGUCGACCCGAAGGGAUGAUUGACUGGUGGGAGGAGCGGCAAGAGCAGAAGAGGAUGAAGAAGAUCGGCAAGGGGAAAGGAGAGGGGAAGGGGCGGGGUCAAGCGGAAGAUCGACGAGGAGAUGGAGAUGUGGAAGGUGACGGAGCAGAAGAUGGGGACGGGGAUGAGGUGUUUGGUGCGGCUUUACCGCCGUGUGGUCAGCCCAACCAGAAUGUGGAGAUCGACGAUCCGAUGGGUGUGGACACGCAGAUGCAGCAGAAUGGAGACGAGGAAGCACGGCAGGACCAAGAUAUGGCGCCGCCAACACGGAAUGACGUCACCGAUGACGGCCAAGUUCCCGAUGUGGAACAAAUGGCCGAGAUGAGAAGAUUGCAACAUGCCGGCGACGAUGGGCUGCGACGACUACUAGGAAGCGUGGACCCCGAUUCGCCAAGGAGCAGGAAACGAGCCGAACCACCACCCGGGAUGGUCUCUUGGACUGCCGUUCUGACGCCCCGAUCACCGAAGAAGGCGAGGAUCUCGAAUGCAUUAAUGCCCAAGCUCGACUUCAAAUGCGCAACAUCUUCGCCUGUGGUUGACAAGGAACAACACCUGGCGCCACAUUCCACGCCACCUUCUUCUCCUGGCCCCGCAUCGUCAUCUGCCGGACCCAACACUCCUCCACCCACCCAGUCAGUACUCAGCAUGAUGCCCCGCAACCUCUUGGACGUGAACGAUUCGUCGCUCAGGCGCAUGCUCGAGGACGUCGAGGCCGGUGAUAAGCGCUACCGUAAGCGGACCGAGCGACUGCCGAGCAUGCUCGAGUGGUCGCAGGUGAAGGAAAUGAAUCGGAAAACGAAAGCCCCGGCCACGACGGCCAAUCAGGCUGUGAAGCCAAAGUCGGGUCGGAAACGGUCUCAGGUCGAGGUGCCGGUAGUGCCAGCAGACGAUGCCGCCGAUCUCGGCAAGGAUGCGACACCGGUCGCUCCCGAAGAACCAGUGCUGGCGUGGCAUCCACCAACCCCUUCGUCCAACCCUAAGCCAGCACCCGACAUUCCGCCCACCGGCGACGACGAACAAAUCGCCGGGGUUGAAGAACAGGUUCACGACGAUAUCGCCGAGGCGGCGAGCACUGGACCCCUUCCGCUACGUCUAAUCGUCCCGCCCAAUCUCAUUGCCGCAUCCGACGAGGGCUUACGCCGCAUGUUGAGCGAUGUUGCUCAUAACGGUCCAAGACGAAGGCGGAUGACCGAACAACCACCUGGGAUGGUCGGAUGGAAGAUGGUGAGACUGACGGGACGGCAACCGUCCAGCAAGCCACCGUCAAAGUCGAAGUUGAAGAAGAGCGUGGCGAUUGCUUCAAUUUCGACAGGUGUUGUACCGGUCAACGAGACAAACAUUGCUGCCAAAGCUGCAAACGGGCCGGAAGCUUCCAACGGCACCGCUCCUCAGACUCCGGCCCGGGACAACGACCUCAUACCGCCCGAUUCUUCGCAAGCACAUGACGAAGCCGAGAUCGCGCGCCUCAUUGAAGAGCUCAGAGCGGGACCCGAUGUCGGGGAAGAACUACGUCAAUGCACGGAACGCCUACAUGAGCUGGCUGACGCGAUCGUGCAACGCCGCAAUGAUCAGGCGCUUCGACGGCGGAGAUCGGACAACUAUUUUGAGGACGGUUUGGUCGAGGUGAAGGAUGAAGACAUGGAGGAGAAUGACGAGGACGCGGCGACGCAGGUGGAAAAAGGCGAAGACGAGGAGGCCAUCGAAGAGAAGAAACUAGGUGCACGACUCGCUUGGGCCAGUCCUGCCAAGACGAGUGGGCCGAAGAUUAUGACCUGGGUCAAGAGCGCCUUUGACAGGUUGCAUUGGCUAGGGGAGCGAGUCCAAUUUGUGGACUCGACGGAGGACGCGCGGUUGAGACAGAUCUCGGCCGAUCUCGGGGAAGGGUCGAAGUAA